AUGUCACAUCAACUAUGUCAAAAUUGUGGUUCAAAUCAAUUCGAACAUAUUGAUGGACGUCUCUAUUGUGUUAUAUGUCAAUCACAAAAUAUAUCAUUACAAAUACAUGUUUCAUUUGCUAAUGAAGGUAAUGCACAAUUAGGUCGUCGUGUACCUAAUCAAACACAAGUAUCAUCAAAAUUUGAUGAAACAAUACCAGAAAUUAAAAUUUUUGAAGAUAAUAAAAUAAUAUCACAUUCAAUAGAUCAAACAGAUGAAAUAAUAUUACCAAUACAACAUAUAUCUGUUGAUGAUAAUGAACAAUUAUUAUUAGAACAACAUGUUUGGAGUUCAUAUGAAGUAUAUAGUUAUAUAUUAAAUAAACAAAUUCAAUCAAUUAUUGAUUUAAAUUAUAUAAAAAAAGAAAAACAUAAUGAAUUUAUUGAAUGUACAUUUAUGCUUUAUUUAAGAUAUUUAUCUUCUAAUGGAAUACUUGAUACGAAUAAACAAAGAAUAUUAAUAAAACAAGAAGAAAGAAGAUUAAAAACAAAUAUUCUAUCGAAAUUAAUUUAUACAGAACGAUAUGAUCAAUUUGCUAAAUUAAAUACACAUAUUUUACAAAAAAAAUUAUGUAUACUUAAUCUUGAUAUUCUUAUUGGUUUGAUUCAUUGUGCUUGUACAUUAAUUAAUUGUCCAAUAACAAUAAAACAAUUAAUUGAAUGGAUAAAUACAAAUAAACUUCCAUAUUAUAAUAUAAAAAAUUAUUUACCUAAAUGGAUGCGUGCAACAGGACGUGAUCGAUUUAAUCUUGAAAAAAUGAAUAUACAUUCGGGAAAUUUAUUUUUUUAUUAUAAUAAUUUUAUUCAACCAAUUAUAAAACCUUAUAUAUCUCAAUGUAUAUGUCAAUCAUUAACAUAUUUCUAUGAAAUACUUUUACAUUAUUGUGAAAUUUUUUGUCAACAAAUUUAUUUUCCAUUUGAUAAUUAUACACGUAUAUUAUUUGAAUCAAUAUGUCGAAGAAUUCUUGAAAUAAAAUUAACUGGUCAUCGUUUUAUUUCAACAUCAUUUGAUAUAGAAUUAACAGCAAUAUCAAUAAUAAUAAUUAUUAUUUUACUUCGAUUUAUUAAUGAUAAUUUACUUGAUGAAUUUAUUCAACAUAUAAAUAAAAUAAAAGAAAAUCAACAAUUAUUUUCAUAUUCAUUAUGGUUAAAAAAUUUAAAUUAUUUAAUUUAUUUACAAUCUAUUCGUUAUUAUCAAUUUUAUGGACGAUCAUCAAUAUUAUUAGAAACAAUAACAGAUAAUCAUUCAAAAUUAAGAUAUAUGAAAAAUUUAUCAAAAAUAUUUAAUCAUAAUAUUGAAUUAAAUUAUGAAAAAAAUUUUGAAAAAAUUUAUGAAAAAGAAAAACAAAUUCAACAAAUUUUAAUUGAAAAUUCAAAACCAGGAUCAUUAAUUUAUGUAAUAAAAACAAAAGAAUUUUUUCUAAAAGAAUUUCAAAAUUUACCUUCAAAUUCUCUAUCAAAUCUAUUUGAAUCAAUUGUUAAUACAUAUUCACCAUCUCAUUUUUCAAUAGUUGAUAAAAGUGAAUUAUAUGAAACAUUAUUAUCAUUAAUAAAUGGUACAACUAUAAAUCAAAUAGAAAAUUUUUAUUUACUUCAUCAACGUUUUGAUAUUGCUUCAUCAUCAAAUUUUCAUUUAAAUCAUCUUAUAAUGACAUUAACAAAAUUUUCUUCAAUACCAUAUAAUCAAGAUUAUUAUUCAUUUUUAUCAAAAUUUUUAAAAAUAUUUAAUUUUAAUAAUCAAAAUAUUCAUCAUUAUUUUUAUCAAUCAACAUUAUUAAAACGUUUUAAUUUAAAAAAUAUUUCUAAACAAAUUGGAAUGAAACAAUAUGGAAUUGAUCAAUUACCAAUUAUAUAUGAUCUAAAAUUUGAACAAGAACAAUCAUUAAUAAAAGAGCAAAAGAAAUGCGAAUGA